CGACCUGAGCUCCAACCAACUGUCUGGUCCCAUUCCCAAGGAGAUUGGUUCUAUGAUCGCCCUCACCACACUUGAUCUUUCGGAAAACAAGCUUGUGGGCAGCAUCCCUGCAACGCUGGGACCACUGAGCCAAAUGAAUUUACUGGACCUUUCAAACAACCAGCUGUCAGACAUGCCUUCCACUUUGUUUGCACUUAGCCGAUUGUCCUACAU